CACACUGAAGGAGAAAAGUUUCGGCUGGACAAAACAAACUUACCUUCAAACUGUGUGAGGAGGAAAGCAGACAUGUCUGAGUUGAGUGACGAGGCCAGUGAGUCUGAGCAGCUGGGUGCCAGCCUGUCCCUGUGGCUGGGGGACUCCCUGGUCCGGCCGGAGGAGCUGGACGUGCCUCUGGACCUGCACACCGCCUGCUCCAUCGGGCAGUACGACGUGGUGGCUGAGUGCAUCAAAAAGCGUCAGGUGGACCUGAAUGGAAAGAACAUCGGCGGAUGGACCCCUCUGAUGUAUGCCUCCUAUAUCGGACAUGACAACAUAGUGAACCUGCUGCUGGAAGCUGGUGUGAACGUCAAUGCCACCACACCCAAAGGACUCACUCCUCUGAUGCUGGCAGCAAGCUGUGGGAAUGAGAGCAUUGCUUAUUUUCUGCUUCAGCAAGGUGCCGAGUUGGAGCUGAAGGACUCUCGAGGCUGGACGGCUCUGUUCCACUGUACGAGCACGGGCCACCAGCAGAUGGUGAAGUUCCUGCUGGACAACAAUGCUGACACCAACGUCAAGGAGCCGGGGUCGGGGUUCACUCCUCUAAUGGAGGCUGCUGCUUCUGGUCAUGAAAUCAUUGUGCAGUACCUCCUCGAUCAUAAGGUAAAAGCAGACGACCGUAACGCUAAAGGAGAGAGCGCCCGUGCCUUGGCCAUGAUGUAUGGCUACACAAAGAUCGUCAGCCUCAUUGACUCACGAUCUCCGAGAGUAAAAUCAGGGCACUUUGAGGACCUGAGCUCCUCUGAGGACUCGGACAGCGCGCCGCCGAGGACCAGGCCCAAUCGAAACCGAGCCAAAGGCGUCAGCAUCCACGACGGGCCUCAGGCCAUCGCCAAGUUCCGAGUAGGAGGCCCCAGCAAACUGUGUGAGCCUUCCGCUGCGCCGCCGGGCUACAUGACAUUCCGCGACAUCGGAGAACAGAGCGAGGACAUCUGCUACCGCGACGUGACCUCGCCCAUCAACGAGCUGGACGGCCAGAGCAACAGCAGCAGAGACGACAGUCCGUUCUUUGACAACGACAUGCCCACCAUGAGGAGGAGCAGCAGCAGCAGCGAAGGCCUGCCGCACGUCGCCGGCCUCAACUGGGAGGGCUCCGUGGAGAGCAACGAGGACUCCGACCAGUGCAAGAGGAGCAGCUCUCGCCGAGUCAACAAGGCCCACCACUCGAAAUGCAAGAGUCGCCACGGUAACAAUGGUGCGGCUCACUCCAGCGGGACGGCGAACUGUGGAACGCACACGCACGUUGGUCCUCUGCCCUCCUACAAAGGUCCAAAGGAUCUGGCAGAAUUCUUGGAGCAAAUCGGCUUCUCGAAGUAUCUCCCCUUACUGGAAGAGCAAGACAUUGACCUGCGGAUAUUCCUCACUCUGACAGAAAACGACCUCAAGGAAAUCGGGAUCACGUUGUUUGGACCAAAGCGUAAGAUGACGUCCGCCAUCGCGCGGUGGCACAGCAGCGCCCGGCCACCGGGGGACGCUCUGGAGCAGGCGUACGCCGACCAGCUUGAAGCGGAGAUGCAGGAGAUGGCGAUCCAGCUGCACAAGCGCUGCGAGGAGGUGGAGAGCUUGCAGAGCCAGGUGUCCCAGGAGAAGGAGCUGCGCACCGUGAUGGAGGGCUGUCUGAUGGAGGACAAAAUGGCCUGGAAGAGGGUCCACUCCGAGCUGGUGGAGGACCACCGCCUGGCUCAGGACAUGAACGCCGCCCUGCUGAAGGCCAGAGCCUGUCGCGCUGAGCUGCUGUCCUGUCUCACUGCCGACGGCAGCAGCAGCUCCUCCACAGGUGAGUCCAGGUCCAGGAAGGCGGGGAACGCCUCCUGUCCUUUUAGAAUGACCGGACAUCUUCUUGUAGGUGGAGACGGAUCGACUUGUUCCAGUCCUGCAGAUCUCAUGAGGAAGCUGGACUCCUACGACGACGAACUGGCAGAGACUCUGCAGACCAUCCUGCAGAGUCUGAGGCGACUCAGUGCACCCGAGAAGGUCUCCGACAGCUGGGAGCGGCCUUAAGCUUUUCAGGGGGCGUUUGCCAAAAUCGACGGAGGGUGAUCUAACCACCCGGAAUAAUCUGGCAGAAACGGGAGAAGGCCGAAGACGAGGCCAGGCGGCGCCGGACCGGACCGGCGAAGUGAAGCAGACCAGUCUGGGAUCGGCCGAGGGACCGGAGCUCGCCGUGCGAGGACGGGCCGAGGGCGGCACAGCUGCUGCAGAACAACAAAAAACCAACAGACAAGCAGGCAGAAGAGGGACCCGACCCCCACGCCUGUGCUGGAGGACGCUGCUCAGAGGAGGCGGGCCUGGAAGUGGAUCAGAGGCUGUAAAAUACUGUGAUGUGUUUCUACAAAGCUGUACUCUCUGAAAUGAAAUGCCUUUAAGUUAUGUUGUCGCUAUCAGGCAGAGGUGUAUCCUGCAGUAGUUCUUAGAGUGUGUUCUGCACCGUAACUCUUAUCCUUUCCUUUAAAUGACGUCCUGCUGGAUGAGAGAAAUGUGAGAAGCUUGUCAGCCGUUAUUCUUCACAGAGGGGAAAAAAACCUUUUCAGUCCAUCAUGCUGCAACUCUGCGCAUCACACACGGACAGCUUCAGAAAUAUCCGACGGCUUUAGUUUCCCAUUUCACUCCGUGGUAACUAACUCUUCAGAAAUCCUUCAAAUUCUACAGGGUUGUAUGAAAUCUGGAUGAAUAAAACCUGCC